GUUAAACAAAAAUUUAUUUUUAACUAUUUUUUAAACAAUUAUGUACAUUUUCAGACUGACAAAAUGUAACUUUUUAGGACGUCGUUAUGGAGUUGCAAACCGGCGCAAUCCUACAACGGCAAGUUAUUGAAGAAUGAAGUUUAAGAACAAUAUUUCCAAAGAAGCUGUUUUGGCCUUAUCGAAUCCUGCAGGAUGCUUUUUUGACUUAAACAAUUACACAGUAUCGGAAACUAUCAUUAUGAACCAACACAAUUAUGCUGCUAGGAAAAAACUGAUACAGUCCUUGUAUCUGUUGCAAAAAUAUACAGAGGCUGAUAGAGCUACAAAAGAGUGGCUGGCCCAGCUAGACAAUGAAGAAUCCGAAGAAGUAAAAGUAAUUAGACUUUUAUUGCACAAAUUGUUGGCUACCUACAAUUCGGACACUGCUUCUAAGCAAAAAUUUACUAGUCUAAUGAAGUUGCUUGAUAGUCUUGAUACAGGGAUAAUUAAAAUGAAUGACAACACUGUUCAACCCAAUGUUCAACCCUAUAGGAAUAAUAUCGAUGCCCCAGUAGUAUCAUGCAUCUACUGCAACGUCUCCUUCACUGACAAAAUGGAGCUCAGAGCCCACUGUCAAACCGAAUUGCACGAAAUGAUGAUAAUGUCUGACGAGGGACACGAUUGGUUCUGGCGACCUCCACCCAGAGGCUUUAAGUCUGACACUUACGUUUUGUGCCAGAACUGGAAAGAUACUGGAACUUGCAGGUAUGGGGUUCAAUGUGUUCAAGCUCACGGCGAUGAAGAACUAAUCGAAUGGGUAGAACGUUUCAGGUAUAGAGAAAUGAAAUUGCAACGGGCAAGAGAAAAAGAGCUAUUUGGCAAAUCCUAUACAGAAGAACUAUUAGACAAAUGGGUGCAAUCUCCGAAUCCAGAAACUCUAAUGUGCGAUCACAUUGAAGAAGUAGACGAUCAAUGCUCUUGUCCUCUAUCAGUGACAGUAUCAUCAAAAACCAGCUUCCACAAUUGGACUUUCCUUAUUAAAACCCGCAAACCUUUAAAAGCAGUAGCUUUGUUGCAAGAUACUCACAGAACGCACUUUUAUAUUUCCAGUAUUUUUGUUAAAAAUGCCCGAGUCGAACUGAAAAACGAUCAGGAAUGGAUUGCGCACUUGUGCCUGCAAGACUCAUUUGCAAUAGUCGAGUAUCGAAUCACUGUAAUGUUUAAAACGAGCAUUUUUGGUACUUUUAGGCAAAGCGUAGUGUUUGAUUUCACUACAGGGCCUGUUUUGGUCAAACAUUUGUGCGCUGACUUAGUACCGGAAGCCGAACUAGAUAAAAUAAACGAAAUUCGCAAAGAACUAAUACUGUCAAUAGCAGAACGAUGGAAUUUUCAUAAUUCCGAUAUAGUGCAUUUUCAUUCUGAGUUGGUUAGUUUUGGUGCGGGUGAGGAAUGGGAAAAGAAGCUAAAGUCAAUGUAUCCGUGUCCGCAAGUUGAUACGUUUGUUUUAAGCCGCUCUACGCUAUCCGACAAAAAAUUUACAAAAAACAACUACAGAGAACGCAUGCACGAGCUGUUGUUUAUAGAAGAAAUGGCCCGUUAUGAUUUGAUAGCACAUUACAAUUUGACUACCAAGCUUCAGAUAACUCACAGCUAUAUUCUUUCGCCUAAUAGCAUGGCUGCGAGUACUGCUAAAUAUUCGAAUAAUGGUGAAUUGUUUGCUUCUAUUGGGUUGGGCAGGGAAUUGUCUGAAGAUACUUCAGAAGGCAGGUUGAUUUUGAUGCAUUGCAAUACUGUUUAUUUGUGUCCUGCUACGCAAAAUGUUAGUAGGAGGAAGGUUUAUGAGGCUUUGAUUGAGGAUAAAGGGAAGGAUACUAUUUAUUUGAGAUUAUCCAGCGAUACAGUGAGAGACCUACACCUGACUCCCGAAUCCGACAUAGAAGUUCAAAUCCAAUUCCAACUCAACCGGGUGCCAUAUUGCGAAUGGCACUACACCCUAGACAAAAUGGCCAAUUUCAAAAUGAUAUUUCCCGAAACCUAUUUGGAACCGAUAGUACCGUGGUCACCUUCUAGACAAUGGUCGAAAAAUCUAGAUUCCAGACUGAAUGUCAAGCAAAAAGAAGCUGUUGUAGCCAUCACUACGCCUUUAUGUGUACAACUACCGCCAAUAUUAGUUAUAGGUCCGUUUGGUACUGGCAAAACCUUUACAUUAGCCCAAGCGAUUAGGAACCUGAUAAAAGACAGCACCAAUAGGAUAUUGCUUUGCACUCACUCAAACAGUGCAGCUGAUUUAUACAUAAAAGACUAUUUGGACAAGUGGGUGCAAGAAGGAGAAGAACACGCAAGACCUUUGAGGAUUUACUAUCAAAAACGUUGGGUGGCAACUGUAAAUCCAACAGUACAAAAGUAUUGUCUAAUUGAUUCCAAAAAUGGUAUGAGAUCGUUUCGUGUGCCGUCAAUGGAAGAUUUAAUUAAACAUCGAGUCAUUGUGGUGACCCUAUCAACUUCAGUGUAUUUGUCAGCAAUGGGGUUACCUAAUGGAUUUUUUACUCAUAUAUUACUUGAUGAAGCAGCUCAGGCUAUUGAAUGUGAAACAGUUACUCCUUUAGCAGUAGCCAGUGAUCAUACUAGAAUAGUUUUAGCGGGUGAUCACAUGCAAUUAGGCCCAGACAUAUUUUCACCCUUUGCAAAAGAACGCAACUUACACAUAUCUUUACUUGAGCGCUUAUACGAUCACUACCCAAAUCAGUUUUCAUGUAAAAUAUUACUAUGCGAAAACUAUAGGGCUCACGAGUCAAUAAUACAGUUUACUUCUGAAUCAUUUUACGAUCAAAAGCUGAUUUCUAGCAGCAAACAACCUAAACAUUUUAAGUAUUAUCCGUUGAGUUUCUUUACUACAAGAGGUGAGGAUGUUCAGGACAAAAACUCUACUGCGUUUUAUAAUAAUUCUGAAGUUUAUGAAGUUGUGGAAAGGGUUUCUGAGCUUAAACGCACUUGGCCUGAUGAUUGGGGCAAAUAUUGCGAUCAGUCAAUAGGUGUUGUAACUCCUUACGCUGACCAAGUAUUUAGAAUUCGGGCCGAGCUACGCAAAAGGCGUAUAGAUAAUGUUUGCGUUGAACGUGUUUUGAAUGUACAAGGUAAACAGUUUAGAGCUAUAAUUCUGUCAACUGUUCGUACAAGGAAAACUUGCACCAAUAAUGAUGCUUCAUCAGAUAUUAUUGAUUAUGGGUUUUUAUCGAAUUCAAAAUUAUUAAAUACAGCUAUUACAAGGGCUCAAAGCCUUGUGGCUGUAGUUGGAGACCCGAUUGCAUUGUGCUCUUUAGGCCGUUGCAGUAAAGUGUGGGAACGUUUUAUACAAAUUUGUAAUGAAAGUGAUAGUUUGUAUGGGCUAACUUGGACGCAACUAAAGCUACAACUUGAUUCAAUUGAGCUUAAAAAAAUCUACACUUUAAACCCUUUGGCACCUGAAUUUAUUCCAAGAAACUAUCAGCCUGUUGUCAAUGUGCCAAUACCUUUAAUGUCAUCUUAUGUUUUUCCUCCUUUAAUUUAUCCUCCACAACACAGGCCCUUUAUUUUUAAUCCUUUAGUUCCUAUACCGCAACCAAUAAGAUUACCUUUAGUAAUACCGCCUUUAGUUGAACCUCCUCCCGUACAAAAAAGUAAUAACAAGUUAAUACAAUUCUUGAAUAAUGUGCAUUUUCCAGAAGCCUUGAGUGAUUGUAUAAAUUUGUUGCCGCAAAACAUGUCUUUGGCUGAUAUGCUGUUGCAACCAGCCAACAUGCAAGAAAAAUGGUACAAAUACCUAAAAGCAAGCACAGGCGAAGAGGCUGCAGAAAAAUUCCGCUACUUACUACAUACAACUAACCAAAAAGGCUCAAAAAUUCAAGACAUUUUCGAAUGUGCCACUCCGCAAUCUUGUGACUCACCACCUUGCAACUGGUACGACAGUCCUACAAGUCAGCUCAACAUCAACAAACCAGUUUAUAUACAGAGCGAGCACAUAAACGAGCAACACAAUCAGAAAAUCGAAAAGCCAGUUUUUGGGAUUAAAUGUGAAGAUAAUGUUAUUGUUAAUUCCAUAUUGGAGGUUGACGAAAAUGAUUUGCAAAGGCACAUAAAUGAAGAGUUUUCUAGUUCAAGGAUAAAUAAUAAUUGUAAUGGGGGUUAUAAUUGUGCUGCUUCUAGUAGGGAGGGGUUCAAAGGUGGAUUUGGCAUUAACGGUACUGGCGGUAAAGCCGUGCCGAAAUUUUAUAAGUAUUUUCAGUAAUAAGUGUUAAAAGAAAAUUACCCAAAUGUAAUUAGUUAAUAAGACUUAUAUUGAUUGUGUAGUGAAAUGAUUAAGGGCUUAAAUUUAUGUUAAUGUUUUAGUUUUUGGCCCUUAAUCAUUUGUUAAAAUGUACAGGGUGGACCAAUUUCUGAGCGGAAAACAAAAAAAUUAACUGCCACACUCUGAGGCUCAAAUUUUAUGAAAUCUUGAGUAAUGCAAACUAUAAGUGUAUCUGUAUCUGGCUCACGCCAAAGAAUAUUAUAGUAUAGACUAACGACUCUAGAAGUCUCGUCCUAGGGGGGUGCUUGGGGGUGCUAAGCACCUUUAAAGCAAAAAUUAGCACUCCCAUUCGGCAUCCCACCAUAGCACUACCUACAGUGGCACUACCUAAAACUAAUAUAAAAAAUCAGUGCAACCAAAUUAUUUAUUUUUUUUGUACUUUUUAUACUUACUUACAUCAUCGAUGACGUCAUAAAUAGAAAUCUUAGAUUUUACUAUCACUUUUCCGCGAUUCUAAAUUCACUUUUCCGCGAUUGUAAACCCACUUUUCCGCAAAUAUUACCUCAUUUUCCGCGAUUUUUAUCUCACUUCUUCACAAAUUCACACUCACUUUUUUUGAAAUUUUUGACUCAUUUUUUUUGCGAAUUUUGACCCACUUUUUUGCAAUUUUGUUUUCACUCUUCUGCGAUUUUUGGCUCUUUUUUUCACGAUUUUUAACUCUCUUUUUUGCGAAUUUGUCCUUACUUUUUUUGCGAUUUUUGCCUCACUUUUUUGCGAUUUUACCCUCACUCCUCGGCGAUUACAAACUUAUUUUUCCGCUAUUUCAUCCUUAUUUUUCCGCGAUUCUUACCUCAUUUUCCCGCGAUUCUUACCUCAUUUUCCCGCGAUUGUUUCCCUACUUUCCGCGAUUUUAUCUCCACUAAUUUGACCUCACUUUUUUUGUGAUUUUUGAAAUUUUUUUAUUUUUUAUUUUUGACAAAUUUUUUUUGCAAUUUUACCAUCACUUACCGCAAUUCUAAAUCCACUUUUUCACGAUUGUAAACAAUGUAAACCCACUUUUCUGUAAAUAUAAUCUCAUUUUUCCGCAAUUCUUGUCUCACUUUUUUUUGCGAUGUUAUCCUCACUUUUCCGCGAUUCCUAUUUCAUUCUCCACGAUUUUAUCCUCAUUUUUCCGUGAGUCUCAUCUUACUUUUCCGCGAGUUUAAACUCACUCUUUUUGAAAUUUUUGACUCAUAUUUUUCUUGCGAUUUUUGACUCUUUUUUUUGCGAUUUUAUCAUCACUUUCCGCGAUUUUAUCCUCAUUUCAAAAUUACGAAAAUAACGAUAAUUUUUGAAAAGUUACGAAAAAUUACGGGAAUUACGUUAAAGUACGUAAAAUAUGAAAAAUUAGAGAGAAUUGCAAACAUUUACGGGAAUUACGGAACAUUACGAGAAUCACGGAAUAACAAAAAAUUGCGGAGAUUACAAAAAUUAUGGGAAUUGCCAAAUAUUACACAAAAGAAUUACGAAGUUACUCCAAAAUUACGUCAAUUAUUCAAAUAUUUACUAAUUUUUGGAAAGUAACGAAAACUAACAAGACAAAUUACGGGAAUUACGAAAAAUAAUGCGAAUUAUAAAAAUUCACGGAACCUAGUAAAAUAACGGAAAUGACGAAAAUUUGCGGGAAUUAUGAGAAAUUAUGAAAAUAACGGGAAUUGAAAAAAAUACAAAAAACUACGAAAAUUACGGGUAUUACGAAAUAUUACGGAAAAGAAUUACAAAGUCAUUUCAAAAUUACGUGAAUUACGGUAAUUCCCAAAAUAACGGAAAUCACAAGUUUUUGAAAUUACGAAAAUUACAAUAACUUAGGGAGAAUUAGAAAAUUUCGAAUUUUUUUGGAAAUUAGAAAAUUGAAAAUUGAAAAAUUGAAAAUAUAAAUAAUUAGAAAAAGCGCGAAAAAUUGCGGGAAUAACAAAAAUUACCAAGUUUUCCAAAAAUUGGAAAAAAUAAGGAAGAAUUAGAAAAUAACAAGAAUUAUCUGAGAAAUGACAGGAAUUAAAAAAUUUCGAAAACUAUUUUUUUUUUUGACAGGUCCAAUGACACCUAUAAUUUUUUUUUCUUUUUUCUUUCUUUUGUCAUUUUUUUUUGACAGGUCUAAUAAUAUGAUUUUUUUC